AUGGCUACAAGCGGUUCUGAUCAACCCAAUAACGAAAAUACAAAUCCCACGGUCGGCGAAAGUAAUCAACAAGCUGCAACCGGUGAAGGACCUCCAAAAACAGCGAAACAACUGGCAAAGGAAGCAGAAAAGGCUGAAAAAUUAAGAAAAUUCGAAGAAAAGCAAAAGGCAAAAGAGAAAGCUGAAGAAGAAAAAAAAAUGAAAGAGCAAGCUGGUGGAGGUGCCAAAGCAAAAGUUGUUGUUCCCGACAUCACCGAAUAUACAUCUCCAACCGGUGUUGGCGAAAAAAAAGAUAUCCAUUGCGAAUUACCCAAGGCCUACAGCCCCAAAUAUGUCGAAGCAGCGUGGUACGACUGGUGGGAACAACAAGGUUUCUUCCGUCCGGAGUACUAUGAUGAGCAUCCACCAUCGAAUAUUUCAACACCGCGAAAAUCGUUUACUAUGGUUAUUCCGCCACCUAAUGUCACCGGAUAUCUUCAUUUAGGUCAUGCAAUUAUGUGCACCUUAGAAGAUACGAUCGCCCGUUGGCAUCGCAUGUGUGGUGAAACAGUCCUAUGGGUUCCUGGAUGUGAUCAUGCUGGUAUUGCCACACAAGUUGUCGUCGAGAAGAAGCUCAUGCGUGAAAGAAAGAUCACUCGGCAUGAUUUAGGACGAGAGAAGUUUUUGGAAGAAGUCUGGAAAUGGAAAAAUGAAAAAGGUCAGUUCAAUUGUUCUCCGUACUCAAAUUCGUUUCGUAGAUUAAAUAUUUUCGCUACAGGUGAUCAUAUUUACGAGCAAAUCAAAGCUUUGGGUUCAUCGUGUGACUGGUCUCGAAAAGUAUUUACUAUGGACAAAGGUAUGUCCUAUGCUGUCGAAGAAGCAUUCAUUCGUAUGCAUGAAAAGAAAUUAAUCUAUCGUUCAACACGGCUGGUUAAUUGGUCAUGCACACUCAAGUCGGCUAUAUCAGAUAUUGAAGUCGAAAAAACAGAAUUGAAAGGUAGAACCUUAAUCCGUGUUCCUGGUUACGAAGAACCAGUUGAAUUUGGUGUCUUAACGUAUUUCGCAUACCCCGUUGAAAACUCAAAAGAAGAAAUCGUUGUUGCCACGACACGUUUGGAAACGAUGCUUGGUGAUACCGCCGUUGUUGUCCAUCCGGAUGAUGAUCGUUAUAAAAGUUUACAUGGUAAAUUUGUUCAACAUCCAUUUUUACCGCGGCGCAUACCAAUCCUCGCUGAUACCAUGGUUGAUCCUUCUUUUGGUUCUGGUGCAGUUAAAGUUACCCCAGCACAUGAUCCAAAUGAUUUCGAUUGUGGUCGUCGUCUCAAUUUACAGUUCAUUACAUGCAUCAACGACGAUGGUUCGAUGUCAGCUGAAUGCGGUCCCUAUGCGGGCAAGCCACGUUUCGAAGUUCGACGUCAAUUGUUGAACGACUUGAAAGAACGUGGUCUUUAUCGUGACUCGAAAGAAAAUGAAAUGAUUCUUCCCAUCUGUAGUCGAAGUAAAGAUAUUAUCGAACCAUUAUUGAAACCACAAUGGUAUGUCAAUUGCAAGAAGAUGGCUGAACGUUCGAUUGAAGCUGUUCGAACGAAAGAAUUGAAAAUUUUACCAAAUAUUUUCGAACCUGUUUGGUAUCGCUGGCUAGAAGAUAUUCGUGAUUGGUGUAUAUCGCGACAAUUAUGGUGGGGUCAUCGCAUACCAUCUUACUUUGUUAGUUCACCUGAUAUCGAACCAGGAAGUGAAACUGAUGAUAAAUAUUGGGUUAGUGCACAUUCGCGAGAUGAAGCACUUGACAAAGCAGUACAGAGAUUCAAUGUUUCGAAAGACAAAAUUCAAUUGCAACAAGAUGAAGAUGUUCUCGAUACGUGGUUUUCAUCCGGUCUCUUUCCAUUUUCAUCCUUUGGUUGGCCUAUGGAAACUGACGAUCUCAAACGAUUCUUUCCAACAACUUUACUCGAAACUGGCCAUGAUAUUCUCUUCUUCUGGGUUGCACGUAUGGUCAUGAUGUCAUUAGAAUUAACCGAUCGUUUGCCAUUUACCGAAAUUUAUCUCCAUGCCAUCAUUCGUGAUGCACAUGGUCGUAAAAUGUCAAAGACACUGGGUAACGUCAUUGAUCCACUCGAUGUCAUUAAUGGUAUCACAUUGGAAAAACUUCAAGAGCAAUUGAAAACUUCAAAUCUUGAUCCGAAGGAAUAUGAACGAGCAAAACAAGGCCAACAAGAUGAUUACCCGAAAGGCAUACCCGAAUGUGGUACUGAUGCAUUACGGUUUACAUUGUGUUCAUAUGCCAACCAAGGUCGAGAUAUAAACUUGGACGUUUUACGUGUCGAAGGUUAUCGACGUUUCUGUAAUAAACUCUGGAAUGCCAUUCGAUUUGCCAUGUCAAAGAACUUGGAUAUCAACAAUGAGAACUGUUUUCAACCACCUGCCGAAUUUAAAUUAACUGGUUAUGAAAAACCAUGCGAUUUAUGGAUUAUAAGUCGUUUGAGUUACGCAAUUGAACAAUGCGAAACCGGCUUCGAAAAUUAUCUCUUUCCACAAAUCACCACCGCCAUCUACAACUUUUGGCUCUAUGAAUUAUGUGAUGUCUACAUUGAAUACGUUAAAAAAGAUCUCUACGCCAAGGAACCAGAUCCACACAGACAAGAAACAAUUAAAUUGAUCUUGUACACUUGCUUGGAUAAUGGCUUGAGAUUGUUGGCACCAAUUAUGCCUUAUGUCUCGGAAGAACUUUACCAACGAUUGCCCAAACCGAAUGGAGGAAAGGAUGCACCACCAAGUCUUUGCGUUACACCUUAUCCAAAAUCGAGUCAAUUCGGUCAAUAUCGUAAUAAGGAUGUCGAGACAAAUGUCGCAAAAGUCUACGAUUCGAUCAACAAAAUUCGUUCGUAUCGAUCGGCAAAUAAAAUUGUUUCCAAACAAAAGGAUAAUCUUUACAUUCGCGCUGAACCUUCCACGGUUGCAUUGUUUGAUGAAUACGCUGAUUUGAUUCAACCGCUUGCUAACAUUGAUACAAUUCAAAUGCUCAAAGAGGAUCCAUCAAGCGCCGAGAAUACCUAUACGAACAUCGCUACAACAUCGGAUUAUACGUUUUAUUUUCGUUCAAACUGA